AUGAGCAAGAUGUCAGAGGAGGAGGAGUUUUUGCUGUUCAAGAACAUCUCCUUGGUGGGGCCGUGGGAUGGGCCUCAGUACCACCUCGCCCCUGUCUGGGCCUUUCACCUCCAGGCAGCUUUCAUGGGCUUUGUCUUCUUUGCAGGGACGCCACUCAACGCUACCGUGCUGGUGGCCACACUGCGCUACAGAAAGUUGCGGCAGCCACUCAACUAUAUUCUGGUCAAUGUGUCCUUGGGGGGCUUCAUCUACUGCAUCUUCUCUGUCUUUGUCGUCUUCAUCACCAGCUGCCAUGGAUACUUUGUCUUCGGCCGCCAUGUUUGCGCCCUGGAGGCCUUCCUGGGCUGUACAGCAGGUCUGGUGACAGGCUGGUCACUGGCCUUCUUGGCCUUUGAGCGCUACAUCAUCAUCUGUAAGCCCUUCGGCAACUUCCGCUUCAGCUCCAAGCACGCACUGAUGGUGGUCCUGGCCACCUGGACCAUUGGUAUUGGUGUCUCCAUCCCACCCUUCUUUGGCUGGAGCCGGUUCGUCCCUGAGGGUCUACAGUGUUCCUGUGGUCCCGACUGGUACACCGUGGGCACCAAAUAUUACAGCGAGUACUAUACCUGGUUCCUCUUCAUCUUCUGCUACAUUGUGCCUCUCUCCCUCAUCUGCUUUUCCUACUCUCAGCUGCUGGGGGCCCUCAGAGCUGUUGCAGCUCAGCAGCAGGAGUCAGCCUCUACCCAGAAGGCUGAGCGGGAGGUGAGCCACAUGGUUGUGGUGAUGGUGGGAUCCUUCUGUCUCUGUUACACACCCUAUGCUGCCCUGGCCAUGUAUAUAGUCAACAACCGUAACCAUGGGGUGGAUUUACGGUUUGUCACCAUUCCUGCCUUCUUCUCCAAGAGUGCUUGCGUCUACAAUCCUAUCAUCUACUGCUUCAUGAAUAAGCAGUUCCGAGCUUGCAUCAUGGAGAUGGUGUGUGGAAAGCCCAUGACAGAUGAGUCUGACGUGUCCAGCUCCCAGAAAACAGAAGUUUCUACUGUCUCUUCUAGCCAAGUUGGCCCCAACUAAGGAGCUAUAUUGGCCUGUUUGCAGCAACGAGGACUUUACAUUUAAGGAAAUUUCUACUUUCUCUGUCAAAAACCAAACUACUAUCAACACAGAAAAUGGGAACGGAGUGACACCAAUUUGGGGGGGGGGUCAAUUUUCCAUUUUCCUACUAUUUCCUUCCUACCUACACACAGCUAGAUCUACUUCAGACCACCCCAAAGGCCAUUUCAACAAUCAUCAGUUUAUACUCUUAAGUGGCACAAUUUAUAGCACUUGGAGAACAGAUUUCUACAUACAAGGCAACUGUAAAGGGGUAUGGCUAAGUUUUCAGUGUAUAGCCAAUUAUUUUCCUUUUUAGUAACAUUUUUUCCCCCUACUGGGGAUCUGUUCAAUGAUACAUUUUGAAUUAAAACAAACUUAUGAAAACACUUUAGAAAUGAGACAAUAAAAAAACAAAAAAACAAAACAAACCAAAAAAAUCUUUAAAAAGCCCUUUAGUAGGUCCCAAAUCAGUUUGAAAGAACUUUCUUAUGCUGUCACUGCCAGUAACUGGUAUCACUUUGGCUGGGACAGCCGUGCCCAUAAACCCCUGCAGCAGCGUGAAUUAUUCCAGGUGCCUCCUUUCCCCCACACCUCCUAUGUGGCUAAACCUAUAUAUCUGUCUUAAGCUGUGUAUUUACUAAAGUUAAUAGUUUAAUUCCCUUCAUGUUCUCAAAAUGAAUCUGCACAUCUCAAUAUCAUUUAUAAACUAUACAAAAUGUUCAAAAAACUGUUUUACCUUAUACUCCCUCUCCCCACCCCCUGAAGAAGAGCCUUUUUGAAAUAAAAAUCAAGAUAAAUGUGUGUACAUUCAGAAAUGGCUUGUGUUUGGUAUCAGACAAUUAUGUAAUGAGCAGCUGGGCUCCUCUCCACUUACAUGGCCUAAGGGAAACAGAGAAGGGUUACACAGCUGUAGAAGG